GGCCCACGGCUGGAUCUCGCGAGAGCUGCGUUUGAAAUGGCGGCGGGCGCUCCGAAGGGCCGCCCUCGUCGUCGUCGUCGUCGUCGUGGGCCCGGCUGAGGCGAAGCAGGAGCGGGGAGGCGGGCUGGAGGCUGGCGGCCAGCAGGGCUUCCGGCCCUCGGGCUUCCGGCCGGCCCCCUUCCGGGCCCCUCGCUCGCAUGGAGCGGCCCCGGCCUCGGCUGCUGGGGACUUACACGGGGCUGCGGGGGAGGCCAGGCCGAGGAGGCGGAGGCGGCGGCGGAAGCAGGGCCGGGCUGAGGGUGGUGCGCCCCGCCGCCCCCUGGAUCUCCCCUGCGGUGGACCAGAAGCGCCUCUUCAGCACCAGCUCCUCGGGGGGCGCCUCCUCCUCCUCCUUCUCGCCCCCUUCCACCACCACCACCACCUUCGAGGACCCCGACUUCUUGCCCCCCAAGCGAAGGGCCCGGAAGGCCCCCCAGAGGAGAGGCAAGGCCCCGCCCCGCAGCAGGAAGCCCAAGGGGGCCAAAGAGAACAAGGCCCCGCCGCCGGACCCGGUGCCCCUCGGCUGCUGGCCCUCCACCCCGCUCUGCAGGAACGUCACCCGCCGCCGGGCCGCGCGGGCCACCCCUCCCCUGCCCGCCUUGACCCCGGUGGGGCUGCGGCGCCGGGGGGCCCCUCUGCUGUGCAGCACCCCGGAACUGCCCGUCUUGACCCCGUCGGGGGCGACCAGGGGCCUGGGCGAGGAAGAAGGAGCCGACGACAGCGUCCUCCAGGGUUCGGCGUUCUCCCCCUUCCUCGGCGGCCGAAGGAGUUGCCUGAGAGGCGCCUCGAGGGAAGACGGCCGGUCCGCCUGCGGGGAUGCGCUCUCUGAGCUGAGCUUGCUGAUGAUGGACCCGGCCGACGAGCAGGCGGUGGGAGAGAGCUUGGUGCUCUUUGACAAGACAGACGCCGGAAGGUCGUGGCGGAAAUCUCAGCCGCGGUCCUCGCCGUGUCCCGGCCGGUCGCUUUGCACCUCCUUCCAGAGCCGCUCUCUGGCGCGACCUCAGCUUUGGAACCAAGCAGAAGCCAACUUGGGGCUCCCAGAAGGACUCGGGGCCUCGCCGGCACCUUCUGUGCCCAGCCCCAGUCAGGGGACGGAUUCUGGCCAAAGGCUGCCUGCGACACCCAAGGCGAAUGAUGCGUUUUCCUUGCGGGGAGCUUUCCAGCUCCAAGUCACCGUGUGUGAUGACGGCAAACUCGCCCUCACCUUGCCGAGGAACGCAGCCCCCCUUCCGAACAAGAGGCAGCGCCUCUCGCUUCAGGCCGCAGCCGUUCCUCUGAAGAAGAGGCGUCCUGGGCUGAAUGGCGCUUUCCUAGAAGAAGCGAGCGUUAGAGAUAAAAGCAGUCCUCGGCUCCAGCCGGUCGUGCUCUUGGACAAUCGGGUGGUUCUCAGCUGGUUGGCGAGUCGCUCCUCCAGAAAACAAGGAGCAGAUCCCUGCAUCUCAAGAGGAGAGUGUCCUUUGGAACUAGAUUCUCCCGGUGCCCUGCCUGGAGGCUCAGACGCCACAAGCCAUAAUCAGGUGGCCCCGACGUGUGGGGCUGGGACCACCGGUCGGAAAGCUUGCAUCAGUGGGUUCAGUUCCAACCGUUGGGGUCAACGCAGGAGACUCAAGCCAGGGAGACGUAAGAAGUGCAUGGGGUGGAAAGAGCUGGCAGAGACGUCCCGCCUGCAGGAAUCCUUCAGGAAUCCAAAGGAAGAAGAUUCGGCCUUUGUUUGUCCAUCUUCUCUAGACUCUUCCUUCAGGGACGCCAGCUUGUGGCGCCGGAUUCGGGCCUCUUUUUCUCUCCACAAGAAAAAGAAAAUCCUCUCGGAGCCCGAAAGCUGCAACAGCAGCAUCACCCCAAUGUCUGUCCGAUCCCACUUCACUGAGGUGCUCAAGACCCCCUUCACGCAAACGCUGGGCUAUUCCAUUUGUCCGACGUCUUCCAUGGUCCUGCUGUCGUCCAUGACAUCGUCGUUUUUCUCGUCCGAGGCGACCCUGACGGAUGCCGAUAAAGUUUUUGGGGAAUGCCAGCAGACGGGGCCGAUCUCUUUUGAGACCUGCAUCCCCCCCGAUAGGAUGCGGAAGUGUGAGAAGAUCGGCGAAGGAGUCUUUGGGGAGGUUUUCAAGACCGAGGGGGAAAGGGGGAGCGUGGCGUUAAAAAUAAUUCCCAUUGAAGGGAGCGACAAAGUCAACGGAGAACCUCAGAAGACCUUCAGCGACAUUUUGCCGGAGAUCAUCAUUUCAAAGGAGCUCAGCCUCUUAGCAGACGAAGAGAGGAACCAUACCUCCGGCUUCAUCUGCUUGUAUUCCGUCCACUGCGUGCAAGGGGCUUACCCCGAGCCCCUCCUGAACGCCUGGGACAGAUACCACCGGCUGAGGGUCUCUGAAAACGACCGGCCAGACUUCUUUGGGGACCAGCAGCUUUUCGUGGUCUUGGAGUUCGAGUUUGGCGGCACCGACCUGGAGAACAUGCGCCGCCGGCAGCUGAGCUCGGUGGCUACCGCCAAGAGCAUCCUGCACCAAGUCACGGCUUCGCUGGCCGUGGCCGAAGAGGCCCUGCGGUUCGAGCACCGGGACCUGCACUGGGGGAACGUGCUGGUCAAGAAGACCGACUUGAAGGAGGUGAGCGUGACGCUCAACGGGGAGACCCGGCUCCUUCGCACGCACGGCGUCCUGGUCAACAUUAUUGACUACACGUUCUCCCGCUUGGAGAGGGACGGUUUGACGGUUUACUGCGACCUCUCCGGGGACGAAGAGGUCUUCCAGGGGAGAGGAGAUUACCAGUUUGAUGUCUACCGGCAGAUGAGGGAGGAAAACGGGAACCAGUGGGCCGAUUACUUUCCCCACAGUAACGUCCUGUGGCUGCACUAUUUAGUGGACAAACUUUUGAGCGAGGUGUCCUAUAAGAAGAAAGCGACGACGGCCCCGUUGAGGCAGGUGCAGAAACAACUGAAGCUCUUCUCCCAAGAGGUUCUCGGUUUUAGGUCUGCCACGGAGGUCCUGAACACAAGCACAAUCUUCCAGCGAACAGAUCAGGGUUGACACUGUUUUAGGAGCUAUACAAAUAAGCAUCUAUUUUUAUGUGUUCUGCAUAUAGCAGAAGCGUUGGGGUUCUCCCCUGCCCGCUAAAGUUCAGACCCCCUCUUUUUUUUAUGGCAGCACAUGUGCUGUUUAAUUGGUCUUGUGUUCUGUCUUAAUAAGCGGAUUUCAGCCUAGAUCGCUAUCCUUAAAAAAAUCACUUUUAGUUUUACCUGUUUUAAUUAAAGCCACACUUUUAAACUUCUCUGCUUUUUAAAAAAUGUU